AAAACCCAACCCGCACGCUGCCCCAAACUCGCCCGCCAUGGCCCCCAAGAAGAACGCGGCUCAACCGGCUCCUUCAGCCGCUGCGACCACCCAAAUUGACACCACAACCGCGGGCUCUGUCCCUGCGACUCAACCGAAGCCAUCAUCGACAUUGGCCAAGAACACCCCGGCGAAUUGGGACAAGGUGCUGCAGAACAUCUACCAGUAUUACAUGAACGAAACUCCACAGCGAACGAAGCUCAUCGACGUGUUCCUCGCUUUCAUCGCGGUCGUGGGCGCACUGCAAUUCCUCUACUGUAUCUUGGCCGGCAAUUAUCCUUUCAAUGCUUUCCUCUCUGGUUUUGGAGCAACUGUUGGACAGUUUGUCUUGACAAUCUCGCUACGUAUACAGACGGCGGCCGCGAACAAGAGCGAUUUCCCAGAGGUAUCUCCUGAACGAGCAUUUGCCGACUACGUUGUCUGCAGUCUGAUACUACAUUUCUUCUGUGUCAACUUCAUCAACUAA